CGACAGAUGGCUUUAUCUGUUUGUUCUUUUCCCUACUUCUACGGGGUAUAUCAUCUUUGCAGAUUGUUGAGUCACUGCCCGAACGGUCUCUACGAAGUGUCCGCUGAGCCCUGGUGUAUCUGGUGGAUUUGGACUGCAGCUCUUCUUAUCUUACGACUGUGACUCUUCGCAGUUCCGUUACACCAAGCGACUGCCCAUUUUUCGGACACAUUCUAUUACUCCUUACUCUGGAAUCUGCCAGUGACUUAUAUAUUAUAUUUUCUGUAUCGAAAUGUGUCGAUUUCUGGUAUACAAGGGUCAUCAUGAGAUCCGGCUUAGCAAGCUCAUCACGGAGCCCAGCCAUUCGAUCCUCAGACAGUCGUAUGACUCGCGACUAAGACUGGACAACCGACGGCCAGUGAAUGGCGACGGGUUCGGCGUGGGGUUCUACACAGACCCAAAGCUAGGACCGGAGCCGUGCAUCUUCACUUCGACGCUGCCGGCGUGGAACUGUGAGAACCUGGAGCGACUGGCGGCGAAGACGUGCUCGAACCUGAUCUUUGCACACGUGCGAGCGACGACCGAAGGGGCGCUGUCGGAAACGAACUGCCACCCGUUCCAGCACCAGACCCUCAUGUGGAUGCACAACGGCAACAUUGGCGGGUGGCAGUACAUCAAGCGGGCGCUGGCAGACUCGCUGGCGGACCGAUGGUUUAUGGGCGUGAAGGGUGGCACGGACAGCGAGUGGGCGUUUGCGCUGUUUCUGGACCUUCUGGAGAAGGAGGGCGUGGACCCCAGCUCCAACCCGGGCCCCGAGGGCUUCGGCCAUGAAAUAUUGCGGCGCGUGAUGGUCAAGACGAUCGCCAAGAUCAACGAGCUGAUCCGCGACAUGUCAAGCAAACACGGCGCAGACCUCCCCGGCAUUGAGACGCGCAGCCUGCUCAACUUUGCCCUCACAGAUGGCCACACCGUCAUCUGCACGCGGUACAUCAGCAGCAAGACCGAUGAGCCUGCCAGUCUGUACUUCUCCUCCGGGACCCGUUGGAAGGAAGGGUCCACACCGGGCCAUUUCAAGAUGGAGCGCCACGACAAGAGCGCCGACAUUGUUCUCGUUGCCAGCGAGCCCAUCACUUUUGAAAGACAUAACUGGGUCUCUGUCCCCACCAAUUCAAUCGUGACUAUCCACAAACAGACAGUCCUCCUCCACCCGAUCCUGGACGAGUUCUACGAUGAGAACACGAACCACGACCGCUCCUCGUGCUUCGCCGUGUCCAAGGGGCUGGUCAGUACCGCACCGGGGAAGACCGUCCAACCACAGUCCACUCCCCCCUGCCCAUCUCUCGCUGAGAAGACUGCUGUUGUUGCUUGAGUCGGCGUGAGAAAAAGACAAGAGAGACUCGGAUUUUUUUUGUUUAGUUUCCCGGGGGGGGGGGGGGG